ACGCUGUCUACGUUAAAUUGCUCUCGUUCGAUAUCACGGCCCAGACAUUCGUGCCGAGGAACACGGAUUAUGAGGGUGAGGUGGUCAAGAAUGUACAGGAGUUGACGUUGGAACAUCCACAGAUCGCUAUGAGGAAGGAUUUCUUGAAGGUUUGCCCCCCCCUCCCUUCCCUCUCCCCUCAAACCCAAAAAAGAAGAAGUAUUGAUGGGAAGGGGAUAAAAACAGAACUACAUCGUCAGACUCGUCUCAACACCAGACCUGACGCCCACCUCCCCGUUCUGGAAAUACCUCGACAACGUAGGCAUCAUGCACACAGGCCAACCCGGCUUCAAGCACCGGGAAAAGAAACCCGAGCUAAGAGUAGAAUACAUCCAUAUGGGCGCCCUGCUGGGGUAUGUGGUUGAUAUCCUGGUGGGAGCGGUGAUGGAGAUGGAUGUUGCGAAUGAGAUGAAGGGGAGGGUGAUUAGGGCGUUGAAUAAGGUGGUUUGGAUUCAGAAUGAUCUUUUUGCUAGGCAUUAUUUGUCGAAGGGGGAGGGGAGUGUGAUGAUGCCGGUGGGGGAGGGGGAGAGGGAGGGAGGAGGGUGUCCGUUUAAGGGUUGAGGAGUUUAGGGAGAAAUGUAGGUGAGGAGAGGUGGGACUUUGUAAUUAAUGAUAUUUUGGCGCAUCGGGGGUUGGGGUUUAGGAUGGACAUUUUGGAUGGUACAAUGCUUCACUCUAGAGUCAGACUUUGAAUUCUUGGGAUGUCCUAUGUAGUUUGGGUGUUUGCUGACAGGUCUCGGACGAAGUUCCGUGAGAAUCUGGAAUCAUCCUGGAAUCUCUCUGUGAAUGGAUGAC